CCAGAGUUCACUGCAGUCUCCUCCCCUCCCAUCCCUCGGCUGGAGGACAGGCCGCCCGCCCAGGCAGCCUGUUGCUGGGGGUCUCCAGGACCUGGAGAUGACCCAGACCACCUAGCCCUGGCAGCCGGGCCCCUGACCGGGCUGGCCUUGUCCCCGCAGAGCAGCCUGUACAGCGAGGAGGGCCUGGGGGUGGCGGUGCUCAGCACACUCUAUGGCGGGAUGCUGCUGUCCUCCAUGUUCCUGCCGCCCAUCCUCAUUAAGAAGCUCGGCUGCAAGUGGACCAUCGUCAUCGCCAUGUGCUGCUACGUGACCUUCACCCUGGGCAACUUCUACGCCAGCUGGUACACGCUGAUCCCCACUUCCAUCCUGCUGGGACUCGGAGCGGCCCCGCUGUGGUCCGCACAGGGCACCUACCUCACCACCAUGGGAAGCACGCACGCAGAGAAGACAGGAAAGCUUGGCAAAGACGUGGUCAGCCAGUAUUUUGGCAUCUUCUUCCUCAUAUACCAGUCGUCUGGUGUGUUUGGCAACCUGAUCUCGUCUCUGGUGUUCGGCCAGACGCCCACUCAAGGGGCCAUCCCGGAGGAGCAGCUCCUGUCCUGCGGGGCCAGUGACUGCCUCAUGGCCACGGCGUCCACCAACAGCACCAACCGUCCCUCCCAGGAGCUGAUCUACACCCUGCUGGGCAUCUACACAGGGAGCGGCUUCCUGGCGGUCCUGCUCAUCGCCGUGUUUCUGGAACCCAUAAAAGACGCUCAGCAGGAAAGUGAGGGAGAAAAGCAAGCGUCACCGUUCUGGUCCACUUUGCUGUCGACGGCCAAGCUGUUCAGAGACAAGCGCCUCUGCUUCCUGGUCCUGCUGCCGCUGUACAGCGGGUUCCAGCAAGCCUUCCUGGCCGGCGACUACACGCGGUCCUACAUCACCUGCGCCCUGGGGAUCCAGUUCGUGGGCUACGUGAUGAUCUGCUUCGCAGCCGUCAACGCACUGUGCUCCGUGCUGUAUGGGAAGCUGGCCCAGUACACAGGCAGGACUGCUCUCUUCGCGCUAGGUGCCGUGACCCACCUGUCUUGCAUCAUCGCCCUCCUGCUGUGGAAGCCUCACCCCCGCCAGCUGCCUUUGUUCUUCGUAUUUCCGGGCCUCUGGGGCGCGGCCGACGCCGUCUGGCAGACACAGAACAAUGCUCUUUUCGGGGUCCUGUUUGAGAAGAACAAGGAGGCCGCCUUUGCCAGUUACCGCCUGUGGGAAGCCCUGGGCUUCGUCAGCGCGUUCGGAUACAGCAUGUUCCUGUGUGUCAGCGUCAAACUCUACGUCCUCCUGGGCGUCCUGAGUCUGGCCAUGGCGGCAUAUGGAACGGUCGAGUAUCUGGGGUCCAAGAAGGUGGCCAGGCUGCGCACCGAAGAGCAGACAAAACCAGCUGAGGAAGGAGUAACACAGACAGAAUGUGAAGCAACAAACCCCACGGUGGAUGAACCCAGAGCGUAUCAGCGGGAGAGUUUUACCUGAAGAUGCCUCAGAGUUUAUAGUGGAUUCUUUACGACUACUUCAACAUUUCAUUUUUUACGUGAAUUUUUUUUUCUAUUUUAUCAAAUUUUUCAGUCCACCCUCUCAUCCAUAGAGAUCCAGAGUAUAUGUGAAAGAUAUAAACUCAGGGUACAAUCAGCCACUCGGAACUUGCCUAGAAUCAUGGGGGUAACAGCUGAUGCUUGUUUUUGUUGUUGUUGUUAAGAAUUGGAACGCUGCUUAAAAAAUGCAGCCCAGGGCUUCGCUGGUGGCGCAGUGGUUAAGAGUCCGCCUGCCGAUGCAGGGGACACGGGUUCGUGCCCCGGUCCGGGAAGAUCCCACACGCCGCAGAGCGGCUGGACCCGUGAGCCAUGGCCGCUGAGCCUGCACGUCCAGAGCCUGUGCUCCGCAACGGGAGAGGCCACAGCAGCAAGAGGCCUGCGUACCGCAAAAAAAAAAAAAAAAAUUGCAGCCCAACACCAUCAUUUUACAAACAGGUAAACUGAGGUCCAGGCAAGUCAGUGACUACCUCUGAGAGUCAGUAAGUGACAAAGCCAGACUAGGGUUUAUGUCUCUUGAAACUUAUAGAGUAUGAGUUUCUAAAUAAAUGCAAUUACAUUAUGGACUUGACUCUUGUCCACAUACUUUGGACACACACACACACACACAACUCAUCACAUUACCCUGUUGUAGACCAUUGGAGACAACAGACAAAAGUAAUUUCCAGGGCUUCCCUGGUGGCGCAGUGGUUAAGAAUCCGCCUGCCAAUGCAAGGGGCAUGGGCUCAAGCCCUGGUCUGGGAAGAUCUCACAUGCAGCGGAGCAACUAAGCCCGUGUGCCACAACUACUGAGCCUGUGCUCUAGAGCCCACGAGCCACCACUACUGAGCCUGCGUGCCAUAACUACUGAAGUUCGCGUGUCCAGAACCCGUGCUCUGCAACAAGAGAAGCCACCACAAUGAGAAGCCCGCGCACCGCAACGAAGAGUAGCCCGCACUUGCCACAGCUAGAGAAAGCCUGCACACAGCAACA